AUGGCCUCCAACGACAAUUCUGAAAACUCUGCGAGAUCCCAGCUUGUUGGUUCUGAUAUUGACAGCUUAUAUGGCGUCAUUGACAAAGACAAGGUGUACGGCUUGAAUCUCACUGUCCCCGAAGAUGCGAAGGCGGUCGUGAAACCCUGGGAGGAGCGCGAAGAUACAACCUUAUUCGCUGAGUCGAACGUGGACGAUCAACUGAUCCUCCAUAUACCCUUCACGCAGAACGUGAGGGUGAAGUCUAUAUUGGUGAAACUAGGGCGAGGCGAGGUUACGCCACGCCAAUUACGAAUAUACGCCAAUCACCCUACCAUAGUCGAUUUCGCCGAAGCCGAAGUGAUUACCCCUCAACUCAACCUUGCUCUGCUAGAAGAGUCAGGCGUCACAGAGUAUCCCUUACGUGUGGCCGCAUUUGCAAACGUCAACACGCUCUCUCUCUUCUUCAACGAGUCGACCGGGGGCGAGAUGACGAGGAUUUACUACGUGGGCUUCAAGGGCGACGCUCGAACGCCACGGAAGGAGGCGAACUCGAAGAUGGUGGUUCCAGCAGCGAAUGCGGCGGACGCUCGGAUUACGGAUCGGGUCCUGGAGAAGGCUGGCGCCCAGCAGACCACGGCUCGGUAGAUGCAGUUGUACUAAGAGAGUGUACUAAUGCUUGUAUUUCUAAUACCACCCCAAGGCUGUUACAGUCCUUCUGUGUUGCCGGGGAUGAUACUUAAUUUGCUGGUAUUACGUGUACCUCCGCC